UUCCAUGAUGCUUCUCAGAUGAGGAUCUCAGCUCAUCCUUUCAUCCCCAUUCUUUCCUCCUUUGCUCCAAAUUCAAAAGAAGAGGGGGCACUUUUCCUCAGCAUUGUUAGUGCCUGUAAUUACUCAUACCCUAGAUCUUUUCUCCUUCUCUACCUGUACAAUCUAAUCUUUUCUCCUUCCUGCAAUUCCUCAAACAUUCGAAUUAAUCCUAAUCCUUUUCCUAAUCUUAAAUUUUUCUUUAUUUUACACCUCUCCUUCGGUCUACAAACAAGCCUGAAUCUCCAUUAGCCUUAAAAGACCUUCACCUUACACUGCUAUCCUCUCAAACUGCUCUCUGACAUCUUUUCUCUAACAACCAAACUCCUAGGGUAGAAAAAACAACUGCCUACACCACUACUUCCUUUGUCUUGUACACAGUAGGUGCUUUUUGUGUUGUACUGUGCUCUGUAAAUAUACUUUAGAUGGAUACUCUUUAAUAUAAAAAAAAAUGUCCAAAUCCCUGGAUCAUUCAGUUACAGAAGACUCCAGAUGGCAAAAAUCCAGUUUUAAAGUCUGAGAUCACCACCAUUUGAGUAACAGUAUAAAUAGGUUAGACUUAAUUUAGUAAUAUUUAGCACUUACCCUCUUCAAGCACUUUACAAUCGUUAAGUACUCAGUAUUGUUUCUUUGAAAGGGAGAGAAAUUUAGAAUCUUUUUUUUAGAUGAGAAAACAAAGCCCAGAGGUAUAGUUUGCACCUUAUAUAAUAUCAGACUUUUGAACCUGAUUAUCAUCUGAUUUUUUCUCCUGAACUGAAGUGAGGUAUCCACCUUGGUCAGAGAAGUGUCAGGGCUAACUUUUACAAAUUUUAAUUAUAACUAAAUUUUAGAUCCAGAAAGAGAUUUAGUUUAAGCCUCUCAUCAUAGGCAAAAAAAUUACUAAAUCAUGAAGGAAGGUUUUGAUUGACCUAAUGUCAAAUAGUUAAUGGCAACUCCUUCAACAAAACUAUUAUCUUCAUAUCCUUCCCUCAACACACUGCUGCUUCUGUCAGAGUGGACUUGGAAUAUAGAAGACUGAUCUUCCUGCAUUCAAAUGCAGCUUAAGACACUGGUUUUGUGACUCUGGGUAAGUCUCUUAACUUUGCCUCAUUUUCUCCUUUUGAAAAUGAGCUGGAGAAGGAAAUGGCAGUCUGUUAUGGUAUUUACCAAGGAAACCCCAAAAGGGGUCAUGGAGAGUCAGAUUUGACAGAAAAAUGACUAAAUAUUUUUGUGGAAGCAGUUUUUUGUGUGCUUUUCUGCCCCUUAAGCAUAAUUUCCCUUCAGGAAAGGUAGAAGACUUCUGGCAUCCAACAAAACAUUUACAAAUUCAAACAAGAGAGCCUUAUCCAGGACCUAUUCAGAAGGAAAUAAAUUUGAAAGCAAGCAACCAAAUUUCUAUCACUUUGGAUCUGAUUUUUUUUCUAUUCAGAUUGCUCAUAAUUCCUGUCUUCUCCAUUAUUCGACUUUUGGCCAUUUCACUAUUUGAAGAAAAAAAAAAACCCGAACCCAACAAUGGAAAGGACUUGAGACAAUACAUUUCUCAGUGGCAAUUUGUGUAUAUACAGAUUCAAGUGACCACUUGUUGCAGCUGUUUUGAAAAUGAAAUUCAUACUUCCCCAUUCCUUUACAACCUCUGGAAAGGGACUGGAUGGGAAAGUAAAAUAAUAACAUGGGGGGAUUACAUGUGGAUAAUUACUUAAGUACUUCUUGUUGCAUUUUACAUAGAGAAACUGAGACUCCCCAGUAAACUAGUGUUUCAGGAAGAUAUAGGUAUAAGGUAUUUAUUUCAGCAGCGACAUUUCCAGCUAGUCUGUGAAUCAGAUUGGGAUAAAGGUUCUUUAGACCUAUAAGAUUCUAAAUCUAUUAAAGAGGGAAGAAGAGGAUUAAAAAGGGAAAAGAAAUGUAUAGGAGGGAGUAGGAGAGAGUACAGGAUAGAGAGAAAGAAACUCCCUAAUUGCAAGACUUUCUGAGCAAGAUAUUUUUCCUCCCUUCCCAAGUUUGAAGGCUGUUGAAUAAUUCAUGAAAAGCGUGGAAAGGCUGAAUUUACCCUGGAUGAUGAAUAACUGGAGUGAGCUGAGUGGAAAGAGGCUGUAUCACAUCAGCCACCACUCUUGCUUCUCAGCCCAGCGUGCUCUACAAGCUCUGAUUUUGCUUUUCCAACAGGCUUCUACCCUCUGCUACUGUGACGGUGAGUGCUUGCUUCCCCGGUGGGUUUUUAGGCUGCUAAAAAGUCAGAUAGUCUUCCCUCUGACACUGCUGACAGCUGGUAAGCUCCUCCUUGCUUAUUACUGCUGCCGUUGCUGCCAAGCCUUGGACCAUGUGCCCAGUUCGUGAGGAUUGGGAAUGCUACUGGCACUGAUCCCAGUGGAGCUUCUCUGGUGGUGUUUUCCUGGGACUAUAGAUGCUGCUUUUGAGACAAGGUGCUUUGAGCAUCACUUCCUCUUCUACUGUAGCCAGGGUACUAGCUUGAGAGCAAGGUAUCUCCUGUUCCUCUAUCCCAUCUUCAAUACUCCUCCCGGACAUUUUUCCCAGCUGCGGUACACCUGCUGGCGCCUGGAAGUGGGUGUUCCAGCUGGCACCAUUUCCAUUUGGAAGGAGGGAGCGCAUUCCUGCUAUUGCUGCUGUCUGCCUCGUCCCUGCUGAAAACGGGGAUCGUUCCUGAAGCAAGUACCUGCUACCAGAAAUUAAACUCACCUGCUACAUCGGAGUUUCUCUGACCCUUCCCGACUCUUUCACCUCAGACCAUUUUUCCAUAGUCUUUUGCUUGGGAGGAGAGGGUGGAGUUCCACCUUUGUUGGCCCUAAGGGGCAGCUUUGGAGGUAAUGGAGCCCUCAGAAAGAAGUCAAAGUUAAAGUGCUGUGUGUGAAAGUGGAAGCCAGCAUGACCAACAGCUCCUCCACAUCCACCACCACUUCCAGUGCUGAGGGGUCGCUGCUACUGCUGUGCGAAGAGGAGGGCUCGUGGGCAGGCCGCCGGAUCCCCGUGUCCCUCCUCUACUCGGGCCUGGCCAUCGGGGGGACGCUGGCCAACGGCAUGGUCAUCUACCUGGUGUCGUCCUUCCGAAAGCUCCAGACCACCAGCAAUGCUUUCAUAGUGAACGGCUGUGCCGCUGACCUGAGCGUGUGCGCCCUUUGGAUGCCGCAAGAGGCAGUUCUGGGGUUACUCCCGAAUGCCUCACCCGAACCUCCAGGGGGGUGGGACGGCGCUGGGGGUAGCUACCGCCUGCUGCGGGGAGGGCUGCUGGGUCUUGGCCUCACCGUGUCUCUUUUGUCCCACUGCUUGGUAGCCCUGAACCGCUACCUGCUCAUCACGAGGGCACCAGUCACCUACCAGGUGCUGUACCAGCGGCGCCACACAGCAGGAAUGCUGGCACUGUCCUGGGCACUGGCUCUGGGGCUUGUGCUGCUGCUGCCACCCUGGGCAGCACCGCCCGGCAGGGUGCCCCCGGAGGUGCACUAUCCGGCGCUUCUGGCCGCCCUGGCAUUGCUGGUACAAACAGCGCUGCUGCUGCACUGCUACCUGGGCAUCGUGCGCCGGGUGCGGGUCAGCGUCAAGCGGGUCAGCGUGCUCAACUUCCACCUGCUGCACCAGUUGCCCGGCUGUGCCGCUGCCGCCGCCGCUUUCCCAAGCGCUCCCGGCCCCCCGCACCCGCACCCUGUGCCCCAAGCGGCCGCUGCAGCGGCUCAGCCUCUGCCGCCUACUCUGCAUCCUCGCCGGGCUCAGAGGCGCCUCAACGGGCUGUCAGUGCUCCUUCUCUGCUGCGUCUUCCUGCUGGCCACACAGCCCCUCGUCUGGGUGAGCCUAGCCAGCGGCUUCUCGCUGCCAGUCCCUUGGGGGCUGCAGGCGGCCAGUUGGCUCUUGUGCUGCUCUCUGUCCGCCCUCAACCCCCUGCUCUAUACCUGGAAGAACGAGGAGUUCCGCCGCUCGGUGCGCUCUGUACUCCCCGGCAUUGGGGACGCGGCGGCCGCUGCCGCCGCAGCCACUGCUGUACCAGCCGUGUCCCAAGCACAGCUGGGCACCCGGGCUGCUGGCCAGCACUGGUGACGUGGUUGCCAGGGCAGCCCAGGCGACCGAGAAGGAGAAGUUACCUGACUCCGGAUUCCCGGCCGUCCCCUCUUCCAAAGCAGCACCUCCAGGGAGGAAGAAGACUCAUGAAAUACACUGCAAUAAAGCUGGCAUGAGGAACUUCAUCCAGCUCUCCUCUUAGGGACAGCCAGAAUCUCUAUCUCCCUCACUCAGAACGGGAAAGGGAUGGGGUGGGGGUGGCCCAGGGAAAAGAAAACUGUCACUUUCUUCCCCAGAGUCAUUCAGUCCACUGACUGCUGGUACCUUCAGACUGCUGACAGGAGGAAACUUAGGACCCCAGAAGCUGGCAAUUUAAACGCACAUCGAACUUCAUUUGAAACCUUAAAAUGCUUACUAUAGCUUAACUCGCCUUUUCCCUUUGAAUCACUCACCGUGAUUAUUCUCCCCUUAAUUGUAUAAUAUUUUAUUAAAAGCCCUGGGUGUGCAUGGGGCAAAGAUUCUUUAUGCUAUGAUUUUUAGGACAUACCUGCUAACUUUGAUUUGGUCUCUGUUCUUUAUCCAAUAUAUAUUAUUAGCCCAAGUAGUGUAGUAGCAGAAUUUUGCAAAAUAUGAGUUAUCUUUAAGGUCCUUCCGCAAGCCUUUGCUUCAGAGAUGACAAAAUCAUUUCUGAAUGAGAUUCUCUCAGGGAGGAAAUUGAGAAUUCAUUAAGUCUUUUAUAUUCCUAGAUCUAAGAAGUGUCUUUGGAUACCACUUGAUAUUUGGCAGCCUGGGAGUUCACAGAAGGAGACAGCAGCAGUAGGGCAGUUGUGAAAACAAAAAAAUGAAGGGACAUUUUACUUUAGGAAAUGAUUUCAUGGUUUCUAUAGCAUGCCAACAUCUUGUAACUUCUAUUUGCCCUCCAAGUGUGAUUGCAGUUUUUUUUUAUUCUGUAAUUUAAUGGUUGCUAAGGAGAGUAAGAAUUUCUGUUGUAUGCUUAACAUUAAAAAUAUCUCAAUGCACAUUAAACACUCAUAGUACAAUGACUUCAUAGCUAAACUUAGCAGCUAUUGCAUGCUCCUAAGUGUUAGAACCUAUGGAGAGUACAGGUAGUAGAUGAAGGCUAUGCCCAAUUAGCCAUGAGCCACUGGACAUUCUACUUCUUCAGGGAGAAGUGGCCUUUCCUUAAGGACUUCAAUCAAAAAGCUUUACCUCUAGUUAUAUAGGGCUCUUCUUAUUCUUUCUUGACUCAAAAGAAAAAUUCUAGUUUAAUAUUUGUAGACAGAAUAGCUGGCAAGAUGAACCAAUAACAUGAUUUGGUUUGUGCAAAGUUAUCUAUGUGGUUAGGGUUUAGAAUACCAGACAAUAGCACGUUGAUGUCGGUUUCAAUUUAGUACUUCUAGUAACAUUGUUCAUAUGUAUAUGAGGACUUUAAUAUGGAGAAUAUAAAAUGCAAAUGCAAAUUGAAAUAGUGUCUACAAGUUAUAAUUUAAGCAAAUCUUCUAUUUGUUAAAUUAUUUUAAAAUGGCCACUCGCUAUGUAAGAGCAAAUAAAAUCAUUCUUGGGGAUCAAAAUGGAAAGUCAUGCUUCUAAUUUAUUUUUUGUUUUAAAAGUAAUACUAUAUCAGUAUUUGGAAAGCCAGUUACAGCAAGUCUAGCCCCACAGCAAUCAUGACUCUCCUACUAAUACAAAACAAAAUGCUUUGGUGUCAUUUAUGAGGGCUCUAAGCCCUGCACAGCAUCUGCUUCCACUGCCUUCAUGGCUGUUGGAAUCAAUUGUUCUCAUCAUAUGCCUGAGGUAGACACCACUCUUACUCACCAAUGGGUUCAAGUUCUCUAUUGGUUUAGCUCACAGUUUACUGGGGUGUGGAGCUCUUAGAGCUUGGUUCGACACAGAUGAUGCCAAGAUCUUUUACUGCAUCCUGAGCCACCACCAGUUGUCUUGACUUUUGUCUUGUUACUGGACUUUGAUGACUCUGGAAGAGAGAGUGAAGCCAAUGACUUUGUGUAAUUCAGUCUCAUUUAAAUCAAUUUUUGGGUGAGGCAAAAGACAUCACCAGUGAUGUCAUUUUGGUCCUCUUCCAGUACAAAGGGAAAAACCAACCAAUAUAUGGGGGGUAUAGAGGUAUCUUAGACAAGUGACUAACCAAUUAGAAACCAGGCUUAGUUUCAAUCUACUGUAUUAACUUCCUGGUGGAACUGUUAUUAGUUACCUUCACUAUGGCAUCACUUUCCCUAGGCAUGGACUUCCAAAUGUAUGAGGGUUUUGUCUGAAUUAAUGGAGUAAUUAUGACUGUUCACACAACUGUAUAACAGUUCUUUGAUACUUUAGUAGAUCAGUUAUAGAACCUCAUUGUUGUGUACACUUCCUUUGUGGAUGCAACUUACACCCUCCCAUAUCUUUGAAGCUCUUGUCUCCUAUCCUCCCAUAAAUACUCCAAAGGGGUCCUACCAUAUAUCUUACAGGGAUACUAGUACAUGUGUUUUUUCAUGUAGAAAAGCUGUUCAAAUUAUAAAUACUGACUUUUGUGGCUAGGGAUAUUAUGAUAGUUUUUGAAAGAACUGAUUUAUAGGGAAGAAUAUAUAGCUCAGAUGUUUUAAACGAGGUCUGUACCCCAAAGAUGCAUUAAAAGAGUCAGUUGAUCAGCAUUUCAUUGGUCUAGUGAUCUUGUGCAUGCAUCAGUUUUCUAAGGUAUCACAUUUUCUCAUUUAAAAUAUUUGAUUAAAGUUCAGACCACAA